AUGGCCGACAGCCUCUCCUCCGACUGCACACCUCUAAAGCUCGAAUACGACGCCUGCUUCAACUCCUGGUUCGAGGGCUACCUCGAGCCCGCCGUAGCAGCCUCCUCGUCCAACGCGCAAUCGCGCGCGGCGUACUCGAAGGCUAAGGCCAAGGAGUAUCAGCAGAAGUGCGGGAAGGUCUGGUUGAGCUAUCGGGAGUGUAUACAGAAAGCUAUCAAGGAGAAGGGGUUGACGGAGUUGCUGGAUCAGGCGAGGAAGGAGAAUCCGUUGAAGGAUGCUGCUUCUGGGAAGGUGUACGCACCAUGUAGUCGUGCGUGUGUCCAUCACCUGCUAAUGGCACACACGAGCAUUCGGGUACGAUGCGAGCGUUCGCCUACCGCGCGCCGCGAGACCGUCGGGCGCAUUACUGUACCACAGAUAGCCCCUGAAAUUGGAAGGCGCGACGCAGUGACGACCACGGAGAAACACAUCUUGGAGGACGCAGCAUGA